UCAAGAAUCACAGCAAAGUGCUGAGUGCUGUAGCUGCAACCUGCUGGGACAGACGACUUUGGAUCGUGAGCCAUGGCCUCCCUGCACACCUUGACCAAGAGCUUCUCAGGAUGGGUCAUCUUCUGCUGCUGUUGCUGUCUCCCUCUUCUUCUCACCAGCCCUCUGCCUCCGAAAGGGGCAGGAUUGGCUUCUACUGCCCAUCACCCCUGCAGGCUCAGGAAGUUCAACUUCCAGCAGCCCUACAUCAGGAAUCGCACCUACACCUUGGCUAAAAUGGCCAGGGUCUCGGACCAGGACACGGACAACAGGUUCAUUGGGCAGCAGCUCUAUGCUAACAUCAAGGAAAACAACCGCUGCUACAUGAUGAAGAGGACUGUGGAGACUGUAGUGAAAGACGUCCUCCUCACCGAGGCCAAGGACCAGUACCCGUACGUUGAGGAGGUGGCACAGUUCUUGGCAUCCCUGACCUCGGAGCUGAGCAGAUGUAAAUUCUCAGGACACAAAGAGCACAUUGAAAAGAACCUGGAAGAAAUGAAGAGCAAAAUGAAACAGUUGGGAGAGAAUGGAAAGACUAAAGCCAUUGGAGAACUGGAUUUACUGUUUGACUACAUAGAAAAUGCCUGUACUGAUGCCCCAAAGAAGGGAGGGAACAAGACAAAAAACUGA